UCCGCCUCUAGAUCGAUUUUCUAUCUUCUUAUAAAGAGGAGGCCGUAGCCCCAAAGAAAGUCCUUGAUAAAAUUUUGUGCGAUUUGUAGUGGAGACAUACCGGUAGCGGGUAAGAGCAUAGGUCAAGAGAGCGUCGAUGUAUCCUGCAAGAACAGAAAAGAGACAAUGCAGCAGUAUUGUGCCUGGGAAGAUUAAAGAUAAACUCUUGGGCCUUAGAUCUACAUGUAUGUGUAAGAAGAGGAGACUAGCCAAAGCCGAGCCAAGAGAUGAAAAAUCGUUAUCACUUGAAGAAAUGGAAGUUGAUGGCUUUUUGAAUAUCUGUGAACGAAGACAAAGUUAUAUAGAAAGACAAUCCUCUGAUGAUCCAGACUAUGUAUUUAUUGAUAAAACAGAACAUGGUUCAAGAGAUUUGAAUCUAUCAAUGAGCACUGAACUAAACUUAUCGUCGCCAUUGUCACUCGGUGACAUAACAACUGACAGUACUAAUACCUCACAAAACCUGCCAGAGAUAACAAAGAACAUAUCGAUAUGCAACAUAUGCUUACUGGGUAGCAAGGAUCAAAUUGCUACCACUUGUAAGGCGUUGUUUGGCUUUGAGCCCAGCAAUGGCCUCUACCUUUUGAGUGAUGGAGAGUUGUGUCCAAUUCUCACAGAGAAUCUCAUGUCGUCGUUCGGUACACGUGGAUCAAACUCCCCUCCACCCCCGGUCACUCAUUCUUACAGAUCAUUCAAUCAGUUGUUACGCAACCAGUUCUCGUCGUCAUUUCUUUCUCCCUCAUCUCAGCCUCUGGUUCUACACAUUCAUCAACAUGUGAAUGGGACCGACUUUCCAUUCUGCAGUGUCUUGGAGCCACAGUUUUACUCCUUAUGGAAGCCAACCUUGUUCCUUAGCUCCAGCCUUAAGUCUUUGCCCGAUACUCAAGUCACUUCACCAGUUCAUUACUUCCUUUCUGGAAAAACCCAAACCAAGAUGGACCUACUCUUACAGCAAGCAAACGUAGUCUCUACUGCUCAAUCAAGCACUCCCUCACAAAUUUUGUUUCAUCUUUCAGAUGCCGACCAAUUUCGUAAGGAAACUUGUUUUGGUGAUCAGGCCCUGACAGGGGAAGUGUUGGAAUCCAUCGGAAACUGUUUGGUGAGCAAGUUAAGCAAAAUGUUUGAGGAAAACACCAAUAGGAGUUGUUCCCCAAAAGUACUAAUAACGAAUGAUUUGGAUAGCCCACCACCAGUUGCUGAUAUCCUCAAUCACAAGGAGAGCUUCUGCUGGGAGUGGUUCUCAUUCACAGUUUACAUCAAAGCAUACAGCUUGAAAUACAAUGUACCGGUAUUGUCUAUGAAGCAGUUCAUAGAAGUAGCAGACGUAUUUCUGAUAUCACCAGAGGAUCUUCACAUAUUGAUAUCCACAUUGCAAUCCCUUCAACUCGUUCUCAAAAUUUCUGAUUCGUGUGUCGUUAUUGACCCUCAGUGGCUCUUCUCUAGUCUUGGACAGUUAAAGUCUCUCUCUCAGACCACAAGAAUAGACUGUCCUUAUUUGUUUAACAUAGACUGGAAGAAAGACAACGAUGACGCUAAGUCUGACUCGUUGCGGUCACUCGUUCAUUUACUGGGCGCUCAUAGUUUGCUAGUCAAUAGAGGCAAACCCACUGAGUACUUCUCUACUCUCUUUCUACCAUUUCAUCAGAGCCUUGAGUUUCCAGAAAACCCACGCAUCUCUCCAAUAUACAUACUCACUCCGUUGGGUUCAAUGCCUCCUGGGUUUUUCGAGAAGCUCGUUGCGUCGCUGUGGAUGAAAUCCUCCACAAUACUCAAACUCAGUAAAUGCCAGUGUCGCUCUUUGGCAGUUUUUGAGAUGAAGCUUGACAAGUUAGGCGACUAUUCCAUCCAACUAAGUAAUGUACACGGAUACAUUAAAGUAUCACUAGCUACGCUCUACAAUGUCCCCGUUCAAUAUAGCAGUCUGUGUACUGUUGCUGGUAAGAUUAUCGGAGAAUUAAAGGAAAGAAUCAGCGAAUUAUUACCGCCCGAAAUAAGCAAUCAACAAGCGUUGAGUGGGUUCUUUGAGUGUCGGGACUCUCGAUGCUCUCAAGUGAAAGGUCACCUUCAUUUGACAAGAGUUCUCACUUCUUACCUGGAGUGCAUGCGCAAGUUAUACAGGACAAAGCUUUGUGAUGUGGACAACUCUCGCUCAUUCUGGAUUGCUACAAAAGCAACAGAACAUCAUGAGUACUUCAAUGUAGAGAGUAGUUAUCUUUUUCCAAAGGCCACCAGACCAGCAAGUAUUAUAUCUGAUGAUAUUGUAUUGGACACUAUAACUAGUAACAAUAUCAAGAUAGUUGCUAUGCAGGACAGCCUGUCUUCUGAUACAGAAGGUGGUGAUAGCAUAAUUUCAAAAUACAUUGAGAGUCAUUAUACCCACAUUGUCGAUCACCUUGAUCUUGGAGUCAGGAAUCAUUUAUAUCAAUCGAAGAUACUAGUUAGUCCGGAUCAACUCGAUGCCAUAGUCAUAGCAGAGAACAACUCACAACGCUCUCAAGCAGUUAAAGUUAUCCUUGAUGCUGUGACUGGAGCUGGCUUCAAGGGAGUGAUGUGCCUAGUAGCUGCUAUAAAGGCUGACAGAGGGUUGGAUGAGAAAGAUGAUCAUUACAUGCUAUACGAACUGCUAACAACUGAUAGAGUGUAUGCUACACUGAAGACAUGCUGGAUUAGAACUGUCAUUGAGCAAUUCUGUGCUUAGAUACUUCUAGUCCCUUCACGCAUACAUUUUUGUAUGCACAUGUUUAUGUAUAAUCACUCUAUGGCACAAUUAUUAUUUAAAUAAUGUAUUUUUCAUUAUUUUUACUCAAAAAAACUGAG